AUGCUGAUUUACGACAGGACUAGCCACUUCAGCAAGGUGGGUGUUAAUUUAGAAAAAAAUCGGUUUCUUCUUGAGAACUUGUGCUCGUCUAAUGUUUGCAUUUAUUUAUCGUUACUAUUUGGUAUUUGUUCCAGGUCAAUGAUGCCCGAAAGUACUUGUUCGCCAAGAAAGGGAGAGGGUUGGAAGGACUCCCACCCACUCGUGACGCUCUGGACCAACACCUGAAGUGCGCCGUCUAUCAAGGAAAUUACAUGUGGGGACAGGCAACCGCCCUCAAGCCUGUUCUUCCUGAACCACCAAAUUGGGGCUGGACCCUUGGAAGAAAAGAGCAGCUGCAACCACAAUGGGUUACGCUACUAGCAGCGGCUGUCAUGUGCAAAGAGCUGGUCCAAUUGUGGUUGUAA